AGACCAGAGACCACCAGGAUGUCCCGUAAAGGGACCACGAUACAUUUGUCAUUUUAAAUGAACUACUGCAACAGACUAGUAGCUGUGAGUGGAUGCAUAUGAGUGUAACACAUCUGUAAAUAGAUGCUGAUGGAUAAACAACAUAAACUAGACUAGCAAGUUAUUAUAAUUCAUCCAACAAAACUAGCCUUACAUCCACAAUGCCUUCACAGAGCUGUGGUGCUGGAGCCUCACUGAAGACCGGGACCACAACAGACACGCAGUCAGAUGUAGUGGACGGGUCGUUGCAUUGAAUCAGGACCACAGACACAUGCGAGCACCGGGCUGACGGACAACCCGCUCCCCCUCGAGCAGCCUCGCCUUCCCGUGUGACCCUCCCUCCUGCAUGCUGCACGAACCGGUUUAGACACGUAGCUGUUUAAGGACGCCGAGUCAUGUCGCGGUCCAGUCGGAGGUACAAGCCUCUGCAGCAGAGCAACGGCGGCGUCUGCGGCGGCUCUCUCCCCGGCUGUGACUGGGUGCGGAUGCCCCGGGCCCGGGUGCUGCUGCUGUGCCUCCUCGGGGUGCUCGUGCUGGCGGUGGUGCUGGGAGUCUACCUGUCCAACGACACCGCCGACGGGCGCGUGAACCGCAUGCCGACUGCAGAUCUGACCAAAGACAGGUUGUCCCACAAACCCAGCAAGUGCUCUCCGGUUCAACUCCGCCGUCUGGCCUCUCAGGUGGAUGGUACCCGGCUGUGGGAGACCCACCUGAGGCGCAUGCUGAUAGAGAGGCUCCCAGGGACACCAGGCAGCCUGGCAGUGCAGCAGCACAUCACCUCCACUCUGUCUUCGCUGUCUGCCGGCUGGGCUGUAGACUUGGACUCCUUCCAGUCCUCAACCCCUCGUGGACAGGUCACCUUCACCAACAUCGUUGCCACUCUGGAUCCUUCGGCCCCACGCAGGCUGCUCCUGGCCUGCCACUACGACUCCAAGGCCCUGCCUCCGGACCCCCGGGCCCCAGAGAAGGUGUUUCUGGGGGCCAGUGACUCUGCAGUGCCGUGUGCUAUGAUCCUGGAGCUUGUCACCUCUCUGGAUGCCCAGCUUCUAUCAUUCAAACAGCAGAAACUCCCAGUGUCUCUUCAGCUGGUGUUUUUUGAUGGGGAGGAGUCAUUUGAAGAGUGGACCGCCACGGACUCGCUGUACGGCUCCCGUCACCUGGCCGAGCGGAUGGCCAACACGCCUCACCCUGCGGGCGCCACACACACCACCAUGCUUCAGGCUGUGGACCUUUUUGUGCUGCUAGACCUGCUCGGUCCUGAUCCACUGAUUGCUAAUCACUUUGAUAACACAGCGCGCUGGUUUGACCGUCUGAUCGCUGCAGAGAAAAGACUCCAUCGACAGGGUCUGUUGACGUCUCACCCCUCAGAGCAGACAUAUUUUAGGAAGGAUGUGUACCUCGGACCUGUGCAGGACGACCACAUCCCCUUCCUUCACAGAGGUGUCCCUGUGCUCCACGUCAUCGCCACUCCCUUCCCACAGUUCUGGCACACACUGGACGACACAGAGGAGAACAUGCACCGUCCCACUGUGGUGAACCUGACCAAGAUCAUGGCUGUGUUUCUAGCAGAGUAUCUGGGCUUCUGAACAGAAAACAAGGACAAAUAUUGGGGUGAAGGUGCUCAUUUUUUACCCAGUGCUGGAGUGCUAGUGCUAUUUGUCACACUGAAGACAAAUAAUUCCUGAAUGACCAUCAUCAAUUGGACCCAAAUGAACCAAUGGAGAGCUUGGUGGAAUUAACUAAACCGUUUUGUUAUCAAUGUACUAGGACACCAGCUAAAACUUUACCAAAGACUUUGAUGGACCAGACUCCUUGGUGUCUUGUGACGGAUGAGUUCGAGACAUCUGUCCACAUGUCUUGGCACGCAAUGUGGAUGGAAAGAGUCUUAAUUAAAAGGUUAAUAGUUCUUGUAUCAUGGUAUCGGAGGAACAGUUUGGAUAGUUGAGUCUGUGAAUUCAAAGGCAAUCUAUUUUUUAUUUAAUUUUGUUUUGCUUCAUUUAUGUGAAAAUUGAAGCAAAAUAUAUUAACAUUAAUUUCCCCAAAUGAUAAGAUUGACAUGCACUUAUGUCUUCUUGAAGACAGACUUUGUAAUGAGUUGAGGUCUCUCUACUGUAAACAAUUGGUCAUGUGAAUUAUUAUUUUCCUUCCCUUGACUAAGUAUCCUCUUGGCCUUACAACCUGCUGUGAUUAAUUCUAGCUCUAUUGUAUGGCUAUACUGCACAUUUUGUGCCAGUGCAAUGAUGCUAUUAUGAAUGAAAAUCAAACAAAUUUUCAUUUAUUGUUACAUUUUUCACCUAGCAAAAGGUGUAAAGAAAAGUCUGCAAUAAAGUUAUAUUGAGUUUCUGUUAGAAUUUGAUGCCAUUUUUUGGAUGUAAAAAACACAAAAAAAUACUGUGACUAGAAAACAUUAGUACAUGCAACUAAUCUCCCCUAAGUUAAAGAACAAAGUCUGCCAAGUCAUGUUUUGGUGACAAACAUUACUUGCAAAGUAUUUGUUUUACUGAAACCAGAAAAUUGACUUUACAUUCAAGAAGGAGUAAAAACUGUCUUUAAUGUUAUAUUAAUCAAAAAGAAACAAUCAAGUAAUAGCAGUUACAAAUUAAAC